AUGGCUGAUUAUCUACUAGCCGAACGUCCUAGUAAACGUACCUAUUUUGGUUCAACAUCAAACAUGUUCGACGCUGACGAUGAUGAUGAACAGUACUUCGCUUUCAGUAAAGCUGCCGCUGACUCGGGCUUUCCUAUCGCUGGCGUGACUGACGCCUCUUCAAUCUUGCCCAAUAAGGAUGGCGAGUCCACAAGUUCUGUGAACUCUAUCGAUGUCGCGUCCAAUUCUACGGACUGUUCGACAAUUCUCGAUGAUGCUAAAAUAAAUACUACUAUUAAUAAGGGCACUGGUGCAAAUAUAGACGUCCCCAACACACCACCACCAACAAAUAACAAAAAGCGAACUCGUGCUACUCCUGAACAACUCGCUAUUUUGGAAGAUACUUUUAAGACAAAUACCUCUCCAAAUAGUAAAGUUCGUGAAGCUUUGGCUGAAAAAGUCAAUAUGUCUGAACGUUCUAUUCAAAUUUGGUUCCAAAAUCGUCGUGCUAAGAUGAAGGCUAUGCAAAAACGUGCUCAUUUAAUGAUUAAUCAAGAUUCCCUUGGUCAUCAUUUCAUGCCAUGUAUACCUGGUUAUGGUCAUGGUUUAUACCCUUUCCGUAUGCCUAUUCAUCAUGCUCAACGUAUCGCUCUUCCUCGUUCUUAUAGUACUAGUGAUCUUACCCCUACUAUUAAUAAUAUUGCUUUGACUGGAAUGAGACCUCAACCAAAUUCCGGUCUUGGUAUUACCGUUCCUCAAGUUUCUCAAGGAUUUUGGCAGUCUGGUCCUUUAACUGCUCCUGUAACUUCUUUGGGUGCUAAUGAUCCCAAUCAUUUAAUUUCUGCUUUACAUCUUGUUGUUAAUCCUUCAAAUGGAAUGCCAGUUAAAAUUAAUGAUCCCACGUCCGUAUCGACUCAACCUCAACAACAGUUCACACCUCCUCAAGAAUUCGUUUCUCCGGCUUAUAACAAUAAUACAAUGGUCUCUGUUAUUUCAUGUGAAACGCUUACCAUAGGAACUUGGCGUCGUAUCUUAACUAUGCAAGCCCCUACUGAUCUUUUGUGUUAUUAUGCGAUCCCGCAAAACACUUUUACUUAUCAUAUUACAAAUGAUAAUACUCAAUUCAAAAUGGAAUUCCCUCUAACUGAUAUUACAGCAAUUGAAUUUCGUCUUAUUGAUGAUAUUUAUGCUCAAAUUGCUGUUGAAGUUAAAGAUCCGCCUCAUUUCUAUAUGGAAGCUUCUCAUGGUGGUUGGAAUAUGUGUAAAGAUUUUACCGAGGAUAGACAAGCUACUCGUCACAUGAGGCAUGUGAUGAAAGGUCGUGCUAUUGUCAUGAAACCUCAACUUAUUAAGCUCAUGCAAGAUGAUCCUCUUUUAUCUAAAGUUGUAACUUUUAUUGAUGAUUCAACUGAUGCUUUUGUUAAAGAUAAUGCUGAUGAUCAACUUCAAAAUCCUCCUCGUCGUUCCUCUUAUCCAAGUGGUUCAAUUGCCGAUAAUGUUCAUUUCGGAAGUGAAAAUACUUCCCUUUCGGAUAAGGAAGAUUAUAAAUCUAGCACUAAUUUACUUAAACAAAUGGCUCGUAAUCGUCGUUCAAUUUCUCUUCCUUUAUCUCCUUCGGAUGAUCAUAAGAACUCUUUUAUGAACAAUAAUUCAAUGCCUCAAAAUUCUUUACAUGUUAAUACUGCCCUUAUGGAUUUGUAUAAAGCCGAAGUUAAUAAUAGUUCUCCCGAAUUCUGUUCUUCUCCUAUGGAACUUAACUCUUCUCCGACUACUCCUCUCGAUGUAUUUGAUAAUUCUCCUACCCUUAUGGAUUCAUCUCCUCUCUUGAAUCAAGAUCCUUUCGUAUCAUUACCUACUCAUAAUCCUAAUAAUUUAUCAAUGGACACUUCUAUACAUUCUAAUGAAAUAGCUGCUGCUAUGGUCAGUUUUGCUCCUUCAAUGACUGGUCAUGGUUUACCUAAUAUGUCAAAUGAUGAAUUUGCAAAUAUAUUUAACACUAUGAGCAGUGGUUCUGAUACUGCUUCAGAUGUUAGUGAAUUCUUGACCUUUAAUGAUUAUGCUAAUGAUACUAUGGAUAGUAAUGAUGCUUUUACCUCCUCAAAUGGUAUAAUAAAUAUUGAUACCUCCUCUUGGGUUGGUGAUGUUGCUUAUUGUUAA